GGUUGUUGGAUCUUAAAAUGUUACAUGGGUCAUAAUAGGCCGGUGUUGGUGUUUGGCGUAUAUAUAGGGCCUUGGAUCUUCUACAUUCUCGGUCAUCAGAGGAAGAAAAAGAAAAACAAAGCUCCUAUUCUUUCUCCCUCUUCUUUUGCGUCAGAUCUCUCUCAGUUUCUCCAAACACAGCGACACAGACCUCACAUUGACUGAGGUUGUCAAUAACAGAUCAAGAUGGUGAAGAUCUGCUGCAUUGGAGCGGGAUAUGUUGGUGGACCUACUAUGGCUGUGAUUGCACUCAAGUGCCCAGAUAUUGAAGUAGCAGUUGUUGACAUUUCUGUGUCACGGAUCAAUGCCUGGAAUAGUGAUCAGCUCCCCAUAUAUGAGCCAGGCCUUGAUGAUGUGGUGAAGCAGCGCAGGGGAAAGAACCUAUUCUUCAGUACAGAUGUUGAAAGACAUGUUAUGGAGGCAGAUAUUGUCUUUGUUUCUGUAAACACACCUACCAAAACCCAGGGUCUUGGAGCUGGCAAAGCAGCUGAUCUUACCUAUUGGGAGAGUGCUGCUCGUAUGAUUGCGGAUGUAUCAAAGUCUGACAAAAUUGUGGUUGAGAAAUCAACAGUCCCUGUCAAAACAGCUGAGGCCAUUGAAAAGAUUCUGACUCACAACAGCAAAGGCAUCAACUUCCAAAUUCUUUCCAAUCCUGAAUUCCUUGCUGAGGGAACUGCAAUCGAAGAUCUUUUCAGUCCAGACCGGGUCCUCAUUGGAGGUAGGGAAACUCCAGCAGGUCAAAAGGCAAUUCAAGCACUCAAGGAGGUUUAUGCCCAUUGGGUCCCUGAAGAACGAAUUAUUUGCUCUAACCUGUGGUCUGCUGAGCUUUCAAAGCUAGCUGCCAACGCCUUCUUGGCACAGAGGAUAUCUUCUGUUAAUGCCAUUUCAGCACUCUGUGAGGCAACUGGUGCAAAUGUCACUGAAGUGGCACAUGCUGUUGGCAAGGACACAAGAAUUGGGCCUAAAUUUUUGAACGCCAGUGUUGGUUUUGGUGGGUCUUGUUUCCAGAAGGACAUCUUGAACUUGGUAUACAUCUGUGAGUGUAAUGGCCUUCCUGAGGUAGCAAAUUACUGGAAACAGGUCAUUAAGAUCAAUGAUUACCAGAAGUCCCGCUUUGUGAACCGAGUAGUUUCCUCAAUGUUCAACACAGUAUCAGGCAAGAAGGUUGCAAUUCUGGGAUUUGCCUUCAAGAAGGACACCGGUGACACUAGGGAGACCCCAGCCAUUGACGUGUGCAAAGGGCUGUUGGGUGACAAGGCCCGAUUGAGCAUAUAUGACCCACAGGUGAGUGAGGAUCAGAUCCAGAGGGAUCUUUCUAUGAAGAAGUUUGAUUGGGACCAUCCUAUUCAUCUUCAACCUCAGAGCCCCACUGCUGUGAAACAAGUUGGUGUAGUCUGGGAUGCUUAUGAGGCAACAAAGGGUGCUCAUGGGAUUUGCAUCCUGACCGAAUGGGACGAAUUUAAGAGUCUUGAUUACAAGAAAAUUUAUGAUCAGAUGCAGAAACCUGCAUUUGUGUUUGAUGGACGGAACGUCGUGGAUGCGGAGAAGCUGAGGCAAAUUGGGUUUAUUGUUUAUUCAAUUGGAAAGCCCCUGGAUGAGUGGCUCAAGGACAUGCCUGCUGUGGCAUAAAGACUUGACUGAGGUGAGAAGCACAGAAUCAUGAUGUAUGUGAAGAUCCCCUGGUGAGUUCAGUUAGUACUGAAGUUUGUUACUGAGAGUGGAAGUAUGCUUGUCCUUACUUUUAUUUUUCCUGUAUAAUUUCUUAUUAUUCCCCUGUUCUUAGACUUGGGGCUUAUGUUGUCUGUCUUAUUUUAUUUUGUAAUAGGAUCCAUAAUACAGUGCCUGAGUUUGUCCUUAUCUUUAGCGGAAUAUCUUCCGAAUUUGUUAUUCUCUUAGUUUAGUGUAAUAAAACAAAUGGCCAAAUUAAAAUUCUGUUGAUCUUUCUGUA